UCCGCACCAUAAACAUACUUAUCUACAACCCUUACAUUUUCUACUAUAAAACCCUUGGUUCUCCCCUUCUAAAAAUUUCAUUAGGGCACAGUAACUUGUGGAGGCUCAAUUCUGCUACUCCCUCAUCUAUCUCUCGCAUCGCAUACAGGAGAUCGAAUCAUCGAGAGAUAUCAAAUAACACACAUAGCUAUGUCAGAGGAACCCAAAAGAAGAACUCUUGGGGACUACGGGAGGCCUUACAAAAUAGAAAGCUGCAUUGUCCUCCCUCCUGUUGAUGAAGGUGUUAGCUUUGAGCUUGACCCAUCUUUUAUCAUGACAUCCAUUCAGUUUAGUGGGUUACCCUCUGAAGAUGCCAAUACGCAUCUAUAUGAUUUUCUAGCAUUUUGUGACAUUUUCAAAUGUGAUGGACUCUGUUACGAUGGUAUUAGAUUGCGAUUAUUCCCUAUUUCUCUAAGGGAUAGCGCGAAAUCUUGGUUAUAUUCACUACCAGCCAGAUCAAUCACAACAUGGGACCAGCUCGCUACUAAGUUUUUGUCCAGGUAUUCUCCUCCAUCAAAAUUGGCGCAACUGAGGAGAGAUAUACUCAAUUUUGCUCAGUUUGAGUCUGAACCAUUAUAUGAGGCCAAGAAGCGGUUUCAAGACAUGUUGAUAAAAUGCCCUGACCUUCAACUUCCAGAUUGGCAUCAGGCUCAUAUUUUCUUUGAAGGGUUAACACCUGCUAACAGAUCGUUUCUUGAUAUUUCUAUUGGUGCUUUUUUAAGAGAGUAUAAACCUAAACAGGCUUAUGAUUUGCUAGGUGAGUUGGCCUUUAUCAGUCACCAUUUUCAGCAGCUUGACAGUCAGGGGAUGAUGAAACCGGAGAAGUUGCAUGGUGUUCUAACUACUCAUUCAGACACUGCUGCCUUAUCAAAGCAGGUUGAAUCCCUGACAAAUGCAUUACAAAACCUAGUAACACUGAUGCAAAAACAACAAUCUAAUAUGAAUGAUCUUUGUGGGCAACUUGGUUAUCUCAACACUAACUCUCAAGAAGGUAAUUCCUCUUCACAUGAGACAAAGGAGCUAGAGCAUGAACACCACUGGUAUUAGACGUGUCUUCUUGUCAGAAUCGUGUUGGUGUCCGACACCUAUACACGUGUCUGGCAACCUAGACAAGUGCCCUUUUUUGUUUCUUUCUUUGCUUUGACACUCAUCGAACGCAUCUUAGACACAACUGUGGGGUGAAAGACUAUCAUUCUGUUUUAGAAUUUUUUGUAAUGAAACAAUUGCUCAAUUUAGACAAUAGUGUUUUUUGUUUGUUUCUGCUGGUUUUUUGUGAGGGCAUUUGAAUUCCAGUCGGCUCUUUGAACCUUCUUCUAUAAUUAUUGGCAUACGACUAACAUGCAUGGAUUGGUUUAGCAGAUAGACUAAACUCUAUGGCGAAUAAAGUUCAAAUUUCAAUUGAGAGACAUAAUGUAUUUCAUUUAAUGAACGAGGAAAUCUUAUAAUUUGAGUUGAGCUAAUUUAAUCUACAAAUUUGAAGGAUGUCUUUGAUUAGGGAAGGAGUCUCUACAACUCACUCAUAUGCACAUGUUACUUUUGCUUUUCUGUCUUGUUUAUCUUUUCAUUUGCAUUCAAAAUAAAACUAGAAGGGGUGUGUAAAUAUCUUUAUUUCUUCCUUCACUUUUUCGGUGUAUCCUUCAAAUUUUCUUGAUCCUUAUGAUGGCCAUGUUUGUCAAAAAAAAUUAAAUAAAAAUAAAAUUGUAUAAAAUAAUUCAUAACAUUCCAUUCCUUGAUUCUAUACAUGCCUCACCAUUAUUUAUGGAAAAUGUUAACCUUAUGGACACUUGUUAAAGAAAUAAAUGUGUAUGAAUUAUCACGGAUUCCAAUGCAUGUAUUCACAUUUUCUUUCUCUCAAACCAAACAUAUCCAAAGAAUAUAAUUUUUUUUUGUCAUGUAGCCUAGUGGCUAGAAAUUCCACCCAUAAGGUGGAUAAGUGAGAUGAUCGGGGUUCGAAUCCCGGCGUUCUGCAUAUAUAAUACAAUGUCCUACCAAUAGAGCUAAGCUCACGGGACCUAAAGAAUGUAAUUUUACGGAACUAAAAACAUCUUUAAUCUUAAAUUUUAAAGUAAUCCAUAACAUUCCAUUCCAUUCCUUGAUUUUUUUUUUUGUUUUUAACACUCAAAUGUUGGUUAAAAUCAAUAAUUAUGAAAAGUGGUGUGAAGAGUAUUGAACACACUACACACUUAUCAAAAAGGGUGUUGAACAAUCCUCUUCAAUACAACAAGGCUCUCCAUGUCAAAAAAAAAUUCAAUUAGGCACAUUUUCACCUUUGUGGAUUCUGCUACUCCUUCUUGACUUGUUCCCAUCCUCAUCUCUCACAUUCAGGUACCAACCUCAACUCAUUCACUUUUCAUUUUUUGUUCUUAUUUUGGCUAUGUUAAAUAACCUUAGGAAUAUGAUUUUGUUAUUGCUUGCUUCCGGCUCUGAAGAAAAAUCACUUCAUUCCUAGUAAUAGACAACAGUGCAAAGAUUAGAACCUUUUAGUUUGUUCUUGAAUAAUUUUGUUCAAUGCUCUUCCUUUUCUUCCUUAUUUUGUUGUUGUUAUGUUGUUUGUUUCUAUUCUAGGGUUGGUUUUGAACUCCAUUAGUUUUUACUUUUUAGUUAAAUUGGUUAAACUUAAACCCUGUUCUGUUUGCUAUGGGUUUGUUUAUAAAUUCUAAUUUAUUGUUGUUUCUAUUGUUACAUUCUGAUUUGGUUGUUACUUGGUUAGUAGUUUCUUCUAUUGUUGUUUCUAUAAUAUUGUUGUUUCUUGUUUGUGGCUUUGGCGAUAGAUCCCACUGCGGAGUGUAAUUGGCUCGAAAGUGGUUUAUUCUCGAACCAGAACUGGUAUUAAAGCUGGUCUUCUAUCAAAGGUUAGUGGAAUAUAUGUGCAUUUUAACUAAGUUAUGAGGUUGUUCUGGUAUUGGAUUAGUAGGGAGCCUUGUCAUUCUCUCUUGUGUCAUAUUGGUGUUGUUUGCCUGCUGUGUGUGCUCAUCAAUUUUGUAUGGCCUAUAGAGUUGUGCUUAACAAACCUGUAUUUAUGUGUGUAUUUGGGCGGGUUGCUGGUUUUGUAUGUAUGUAUGUAUCACAUUGACUGGAAUCUUGUACUGAUUUUCUCCUUGAAGCAUGCCUUGUGCUAGGGGUUCUCAUAAUAUAUUGUUUUUUGCCUUUUCAAUUUGGCUAGCUCCGCCACUAGAUGCAAUGCAGUUCAAAGUCAAACAGAACACAAAAAUGUCACCAAAAAUGGUAGAAGCAGAAUCUGUUGGCUCAAACACAAACAAUUGCAAGAGGAGACUCUUCACUGAAAGUUCUAACUCUGACACUGAAGCAUCGGGAUCCUGCAAUCUUGAGCCCGUGAAACGUCCUAGAAAGGUGCUCAAAAAAAUGGCUGGAUCUUCUCAAGCCGAAUGCUUUUGUACUAUACCAAAGAUACCAAGCUUUACUCAUGAAAUUGCUUCGUCUAUUUCCAUUUUCGGGAGCUCCAGAAAGAGAAGCUAUGAGACGAUUUCUUCUAGGAGUAUUUCCCUUGCUGAACAAGUUGCUGAUAUACUUAAUUCAAUGGCUGAUAGUGGGCAUAUAACUCCUAGUAAGGCCGAUGAUGCGGCUGUUAUUUAUAGCAACUUUUUAAACAAUGGGCUACGACUGGUCGUUCGAAUGUUUAUUAUGGAGGAGAGUAUUGAAGAAAAGGUAGCUCAUCUGGAAUUUAUGAUUACAAAAUAUGGGGAACACUUCUUGUAGUUCUACAAAUGUAUCUUUAUGUUUAUCCUUCAUACUAUGUUCGCAACAUAUGUGCUGUUAAUACUUCUUUUUGUUUUUUUUUUUUUUUGUUUUUAUAAAUAAUUUACUUUUUAGAUUAACAGAUUAACUGAUGUGGAGAGAUUUAACUAAAAUCAUUUCAUUGAAUAGUAUAUGAGAUGUUUAAUAUUGGUGCUACAAAUAA